AGGCGGCUCUCCAUGUUGCGGCGCUGCGUGGCAGUGGGCACCGAUCUGCCGCUGGCUGGCUGCACAACAAACGCACGCGUGGCUUUAGUCGUGAACGGCCUUAACGCCUGGCACUUACAUUCGGCGAGAAGCAGCCGCGAGUCUCGGACGAAGCUACCUGCUGCGGAGCGACUUUGCGCUUUGCGUCCUACACCCAGGAGGACAAGGUGUGGGGGGGUCGCUCCUGUGACCGGGCUGAAUGUGGUCGCUUUGAUCGGUGCAGUUAUUCCUAGAGUCAGUGGCUUGGGCUGUUUUGAAGCGAUUGGACGCGGACAGGGAGAGCGGUGGACCGCAAGCAGCAACACAGGAGCCGUGAAUGUGAUGCCCGAGCUGGAAAGAAAACCCCAGCUUCAAGUCUAGAGAAGAGAACAGUGGACUGUCUCUGCAGGAUUGCGACUUUGGCUUAGCCCGGUGAAAUGUAGUGCUUUGCUGCUCCCAAAGCCGGAUUUAUUGUCUACUCAAGGUUUCUUUCUGUAGUCGGAUCUCCGCUGCUGCAGCCAUGUUUAGGAACAGCUUGAAGAUGCUACUGACGGGGGGGAAGGCCAACCGCAAGAGUCGCAGCAGUGAUGGUGGGAGCGACGAUUUUGGAGACCCCCGCUCACCCAGUUUGGACCCUCAUCUGAGCCACAUUGGACAAGGUGGCAGCAUAGACAGCGACUGUGCCUUCGAGGGAGACUACGCCAUUCCCCCGCUCUCCAUGACCGAGGGCAUGCAGCACAUUCGCAUCAUGGAGGGCGUGUCGCGCUCUUUGCCCUCCUCCCCACUGCUCGCCCACCAGGCCAUCGGUGUCAGGCUGCAGCCAGUGAAGAAACUCACAGCCCCACUGCGGAAAGCAAAGUUUGUGGAGAGCCCUCGCAUUCCACAAUCAGAGCUUGGCUCCCCUACACACACCUCUGCUACUGCCAAGAAUACAGACCUGGACACAUACUGCCCUGGGGAGUCAAGCCAUGAGCUGGGGCCCCCUCCGUCGGUGGAUGAGGCAGCCAACACAUUGAUGACGCGGCUGGGUUUCCUUCUGGGAGACAAAGUGAGUGAGGGGCCAGCUGGUACGCAGUACAGCAUGGAAGAACCCGAAGCGAGACAGGGCCAGAACCAGAGGAUCAGCCCCUGCUCCACCCUGACCAGCAGCACUGCCUCUCCGCCUGCAGGCAGCCCCUGCUCCACACUCCCCACGGCCAUGUCGGGCCAGGCCGGCAACAAGGACUGUGCCUACGGUUCUGUCACCAGCCCCACCUCAACACUGGAGAGCAGAGACAGCGGGAUUAUAGCUACUCUGACGAGCUACUCGGAGAACAUGGAGCGAGGCGGCAAAUACAGCGAGGGCUCGCGAGGGAACCUGAAGUUGUGGCAGUCCCAGAAAUCAGGCAUGGACUCGUUCCUGUACAGGGUGGAUGAAAACAUGACCGCCUCCACCUUCAGCCUGAAUAAAAUCCCUGAGCGCAACCUGGAGAGCAUGUCCUCCCAUUCUGCCCACUCCAUCCCUUUGUACCUCAUGCCCCGUCCCAAUUCUGUGGCCGCUACAAGUUCAGCCCACCUAGAGGACCUGGCGUACCUGGAUGAUCAGAGGCACACUCCAUUACGCACCUCGCUGCGCAUGCCGAGGCAGAGCACCACCUGCGGGCCGGGUCGCUCCGGGCAGGACCUGAGAGCUUCUGCAAAUAACACCCAUGCCUGGCAAUCUCAGUCACUGCGUUUUGCACCUUAUCGGCCUCAGGACAUCGCUCUCAAACCUCUGCUGUUCGAAGUACCCAGCAUCACCAUGGACUCUGUCUUCACGGGACGCGAGUGGCUCUUCCAAGAGAUCGACGCCCACCUCAACAACCCCAACGGCGGUAGCAACCACGGCGUCGUGAUCGUGGGCAACAUCGGCUUCGGCAAGACGGCGAUCAUCUCCCGGCUGGUGGCGCUGAGCUGCCACGGUACCCGCAUGAGGCAGAUCGCCUCGGACAGCCCGCAGGCCUCACCCAAACAUGGAGAGGGGCUCCCUCUCACGCAGCCCCAACCCACGCACGGCACCCUAGGAGGAGGCAGCUGUCCUGGAACCCCUGAGAUGAGGCGACGUCAGGAAGAGUCCAUGAGGAGGCUGGCGUCACAAGUGGUGGCCUAUCACUACUGCCAGGCAGAUAACGCCUACACCUGCCUGGUGCCGGAGUUUGUGCACAACGUCGCAGCCUUAUUGUGCCGCUCACCGCACCUGGUCGCCUACAGGGAGCAGCUUCUGAGGGAACCACACUUGCAGAGCGUCCUGAGUCUGCGCUCCUGCGUCCAGGAUCCCUUGGCGUCCUUCAGAAGGGGGGUCCUGGAACCCCUGGAUGCACUUUACAAAGAAAGAAAAAUCAACUCUGAGGAGGACCUCAUUAUCCUCAUCGACGGCCUCAAUGAGGCCGAGUUCCACAAGCCGGACUACGGAGACACCGUUGUUUCCUUCCUCACCAAAACCAUUCACAAGUUCCCUCCCUGGCUCAAACUAGUGGUGACGGUUAGAACAACACUACAGGAGAUCACCAACGCGCUGCCGUUUCAUCGCAUCUCCCUGGACAGCCUGGAGGAGAACGACGCCAUAGACCAGGACCUGCAGGGCUACAUCCUGCACCGCAUCCACAGCAGCCCCGAAAUCCAGAACAACAUUUCGCUUAACGGCAAGAUGGACAACACCACCUUUGGCAAGCUCAGCGGCCACCUGAAGGCCCUGAGCCAGGGGUCCUACCUGUACCUCAAGCUCACCUUUGACCUCAUUGAGAAGGGCUACCUUGUUCUCAAAAGUUCCAGCUAUAAGGUGGUUCCAGUAAACCUGGCAGAGGUGUACCUGCUGCAGUGCAACAUGCGCUUCCCCACACAGUCGUCGUUCGAGCGGGCGCUUCCCCUUCUCAACGUGGCCGUGGCGUCGCUCCAUCCGCUGACGGACGAGCAGAUAUACCAGGCCAUCAAUGCUGGUUCGCUGCAGGGCACACUGGACUGGGAAGACUUUCAGCAGCGUGUCGACAACCUGUCAGUCUUCCUCGUGAAGAGGAGGGAUGGCACCAGGAUGUUUGUUCACCCUUCCUUCAGGGAGUGGCUGAUCUGGAGAGAAGAGGGAGAAAAGACAAAGUUCCUCUGCGACCCAAGGAGCGGACACACCCUGCUGGCCUUCUGGUUCUCUCGCCUGCAGAACAAGCUGAACAGACAGCAGACCAUCGAGCUGGGCCAUCACAUCCUUAAAGCACAUAUCUUUAAGGGUCUCAGCAAGAAAGUCGGCGUCUCAUCGUCUAUCUUGCAAGGUUUGUGGAUAUCUUACAGCACAGAGGGUCUUUCUGCAGCGCUCUCAUCACUCAGAAAUCUCUACACUCCCAACAUCAAGGUGAGUCGGCUUCUGAUGCUGGGCGGUGCCAACGUGAACUACCGCACGGAGGUGCUGAAUAACGCCCCCAUCCUCUGCGUUCACUCCCAUUUGGGCUACAUGGACAUGGUGGCUCUGCUGCUCGAGUUUGGUGCCUUCGUGGACGCCCAGUCUGAAAACGGCCUCACACCGCUUGCCUACGCUGCUGCCGGCGGACACAUGGCCAUCGUCACUGCACUUUGUCGCAAGAGAGCAAAGGUGGACCAUCUGGACAAGAACGGCCAAUGCGCCCUGGUUCACGCGGCCUUGAGGGGCCACAUGGAGGUGGUGAAGUUCCUCAUCCAGAGUGACUGGAACGGGGGCUCACAGCAGCAGCAACAACAAUCACCACAGGCACAGCAGCAGGCAGCCUUCACUAAGAGCCAAGCAGUCCAGCAGGCACUGGUUGCUGCAGCCAGCAUGGGCUACACAGAGAUUGUUUCUUACCUGCUGGACCUGCCAGAGAAAGAUGAAGAGGAAGUGGAGCGUGCUCAGAUCAAUAACUUUGACACCCUGUGGGGAGAGACAGCUCUGACAGCAGCCUCGGGUCGCGGGAAGCUGGAGGUUUGCCGCCUCUUAUUGGAGCAGGGCGCCGCCGUGGCUCAGCCCAACAGACGAGGCAUUGUUCCACUCUUCAGCGCCGUCAGACACGGACAUUGGCAGAUUGUAGACCUCCUUCUCACUCAUGGAGCCGACAUCAACAUGGCUGAUAAGCAGGGUCGCACGCCUCUAAUGAUGGCCGCCUCAGAGGGACAUCUGGGAACGGUUGAGUUUUUACUCUCCCAAGGAGCUUCUCUGUCGCUAAUGGAUAAGGAGGGUCUGACUGCACUGAGUUGGGCCUGUCUGAAAGGACAUUUAUCUGUGGUCCGCUAUCUAGUGGAGAGCGGCUCUGCCACUGACCACGCAGACAAGAACGGACGCACGCCCCUUGACCUAGCAGCCUUCUACGGCGACUCUGACGUGGUCCAGUUCUUGGUCGACCAUGGGGCCAUGAUAGAGCACGUCGACUACAGUGGCAUGCGUCCUCUGGACCGAGCAGUGGGCUGUAGAAACACGUCGGUAGUGGUGGCCCUGCUCAAGAAAGGAGCCAAGAUUGGAUGUCAGACGCUGCCCAGUCGGCCCCGAGGUCCAGCCACGUGGGCCAUGGCCACCUCAAAACCUGACAUCAUGAUCAUCUUACUCAGCAAGCUCAUUGAGGAGGGGGACAGCUUCUACAAGAAGGGGAAGGUAAAGGAGGCUACUCAACGUUACCAAUACGCUCUGAAAAAGUUUCCACGUGAAGGCUUUAGUGAGGACCUCAAGACAUUCAGGGAACUCAAAGUAUCACUGUUCCUCAACCUGUCCCGAUGUCGGAGGAAAAUGAAUGACUUUGGGAUGGCUGAGGAAUUUGCUACCAAGGCACUUGAACUGAAACCAAAAUCGUAUGAGGCCUAUUAUGCCAGAGCACGCGCCAAACGUAGCAGCAGACAAUUUCCUGAAGCCCUAGAGGACCUAAAUGAAGCCAUAAAACUAUGUCCAAAUAACAGAGAAAUUCAGCGACUCCUCCAGAGGGUGGAGGAGGAAUGUCAUCAGCUCAACCAGGAAGAACACCAGCAGCAGGACAUGGAGUUGGAGCCUCCACCCUCACCUCCCCCAACACCACCUCCAGAGGAGGAGGAGUCCCUGUCCCUGUCCCUGUCCAUGCCUCUUCCCCCUCCACCUGAGCCCCGCCUGGAGGACAUGGAGCCUGUCCAGGACCUGUUUGAGGAUGAGGACUACUUAGAGCAGGAGCUGGAGGCCAUGUCUUUGGCACUACCUCCUCCAGAAUCUCUCACCAAUCCGUCAAGUCUUCCCAUCAUACAAAGCCCACCUCUCUCCCCCACACACCCGGAUCAGAUUUAUUUAGCUGGGGGUUCACCCAUGGGCCAGCCUUAUGAAUACCUCCCAACCUCCUCCUCUAUGUCCUCCCCAACUCGAGGGUCAUACCAGCCCCCAUCGCCCUCUCUCUCUCCAACUCAUCAAAACUCCCACUACCGACACAGCCCUCCUCACACUUCCCCAGUGCACCAACAGUCCUACCGCUUCAGCCCACCUCCGAUGGGCAGCGGAGGUCAGGGGAUGGAUCACCAGAGCCCACCGCCUUCUCCUUUACGUCGGGCUGCUCAGUACAGAGCUAGUCCGCCGUUGGAAAGUGUGUGCUUGUACAGAUCGCAAUCUGGGUCUCCAGUGCGCUACCAGACAGAGCAGCUCCCUGGACGACCCAAAUCUCCCCUUUCCAAGAUGAGCAGCCAGCGUUCAUUCCAGCUGACCUCACAGCCAUCGAUAGCCUCCCAACAUCACCAAGCCCAAGGUCUUCGCCUCCAACCAUCUAUCGCUCAAAUCGUCCGCACAAACCAGCCCAACGUCUUGGGCAACAGCUUUAGUGGUCCAAUGGGCCACUCCAUUGGCGGUCGCUAUCAGGGGGGCUCAGUGGAUGUGGAGAGCCGCCUGGUGUACCAGCCGUCCCUGGACGGGCGGUCCAUGCCCCAGGUCCAGGCCAGCCUCAGCUCUGGGGCCCUCUGUCAGCACGGCGGCCGAGGAGGGGUCAUGGAGUCAAACCUGUUGAAAGAUGAGCUACCCCAGCGCCCCUCCUCUGCCUACCGCGCCAGCAGCGGGGGCCCAGGGGGCAUCCGUUACAGCCAGACACCUCAGAUAAGCCGCAGCCAGUCUGCAGCCUACUACCCAGUCUCUGAACACGUACUGGAGCGUGCAAACGCCAUGCCUCCCUGUCAGCUGGGCUCUCCUGAGAUCCCCCACAUGGUGAGACGUCCCGUGAGUGCCAAUACUACUGAGAUGAAGCAGCAUGUGCCCACCCCAAGGCCUCUCAUCCAUUCUCAGAGUGUAGGCUUGCGAUUCUCCCCCUCUAGCAACAACAUCUCAGCUGGGUCUACUUCCAACAUAGCUCAGGCCUUUAGGCCCUCCGCGUCUAUUCAGCAGAUGGAGAUCCCCUUGCAAGCCACAUAUGAGCGCACCUGUGACGACAUCUCCCCGAUCUCUCCCUCUCAGAGUGGCGGUCUAUAUCAGGGCGAAACCACCCGCUCCAGGAAUACGCCUUUCAUGGGGAUCAUAGACAAGACCGCUCGGACUCAACAGUACCUGCAUCAACCCGGACGGUCCAGGCCCAUGACCUCCAUGGAUUCUGCUAUUAGCCCAACCUCCCCUGGGCAGCUAGUCCAGCAGGGCUCCACCUACAGUCCCCCAGCAUCUCUGGGCAACAUCGCCUACUACAACAAGACCAACAAUGCCCAAAAUGGACACCUGUUGGAGGAGGACUACUACUCCCAGACCCAACCCUCCUCACUGGGAAAGCUGGCCAACGGAUCUCGUGGCACUGGUGAUAUUCUGGAACGGGUCAGCCAGGUGCCCACCUACCCUGACGUGAAGGUGGCGAGGACUCUGCCAGUGGCACAGGCCUACCAGGACAACAUGUACCGCCAGCUGUCACGUGACUCCCGGACCCAAGGCCCCACCUCCCCCAUCAAACCAAAGAGACCAUUUGUGGAGUCGAAUGUGUGAGUGGACAGUUUGGACUUGGCGCGUCAGUAGAAGUGAGGGUGGAACAAGAAUAUUUAUCUAAAAUAAAAACAAAAAAAAAAUGUGACAUGUGAUCUGUGUAUGUGUCCUGGACAAACUCAUGCAAAAGAACUCUUAAGAGACAACUCCAGUCAAAGAGAGAAAACCACAUUUAGACUUUAAGACGCAAUCCUAUUUGGAAAAAACAUAACUGAUACUGAAAUGAUCAUUUCAUCAUCAUCAUAAUCUGCACACAGGCUGAACAACAGAAAGUUUCUGAGUUCUCAUUUCAUUCUCUGACCAGUGCACUUCCAAGACUUAGAGUGGCACAACGCGACCACAAGUGACCACCCCAGAUGGGACUGAAAGAGUGACCGUGCUCCUCAUCAGACUCUGCUCGUGGACUCUCUGCUCAUCUUAAGUUCUUUCAAAGUGUGCUCUUAACCAAGGUUGCUGUGUAGGCUCUAUUCUAUGUACUACAAUAUUAUCUGUUCAAUACUGUACAUUGCUCCGAAAAAGCAAAAGGUUCUACGACUCAGUACUUAGAGAAAAAUGACAAUAUUUAUAAUUAAGUUAUAUAUUGUACAUAGAAGAUAAAGCAAAGAAUAGUUUGCAUUUUAAAUUUUAUUCUGUUAGCCCUGCUACUGUGUCACACUGCUAGUCAUAUGGAGGUGGGAAAAUUGACCAAUUCCGAAAAAUGAGGGACAGGCAAGCUUUGAUAUAUUAUUGUUUCGAAAGAUGCAAGCAACUGCUUCAAAUCGCAAACUAUUUAAGAUUGAAGUUGUUGAUUUAUUCUUUGUGAAGGGGCCUAAAUGAUCAGGUAUAGACCACAUGUUUUACAUUUCUGCUUCUUUUUUUUUAACACAAGAAAACAAAACAAAGGAUUGAUAAUAUGUCCCAAAAUGAAACUUUAUUAGAACAGGUUGAUAAUUAAAACUCUUACUCAGAUGAUCAAAAAAUGGUCAGGCUGCAACUUCUGUGUGGAUUUAUGCAUGCUGAAAACAAAUCUAAAUUUUAUCUUUUAAUUGGCAACACAACUGUUACGACGGGUGUAGAAAUGUAUAUUCAUGUAUAUUCAUAUAUGUAUAUUCAUUUCUACACCCGUCCUAUAUAACUGUUUGGAUAUUGUGACGUUAAAAAAAGUAGCCCAUUUUCAAAGCUUCUGCAUAAUGAAAUUAAAAACUAAAUAUAUUUCAGGGACAAUUAUUUAAAUAAAAAGAUGCAAUAACCUGGUUGCAUAUGUGUGAACACCUUUAAAGUAAUUCUUUGAGAAUUUUUUUUUUUAUGACUGUACAGUGUUCAGCAUUCUUGGUAUUAGUCCAUUCUAAAAGUUCUCUAAAUCUGUCAGAUUGUGAGGACAUCCCUGGUCCACAGCUCUCAAGAUUUUAUGUCUGAUUUAGUUCUGGAUUCUGGCUCAGCCGUUCCAAAACUUUACUUUUCAUCAGGUGAAGUCAUCCUUUUUCUUUGGACUCACUAUGAUAUUGAAAAUCGGAAUGUGUCUUCAUUUUAGCUACCAGAUAUCUGAAGAUUCGAGGUCACGACUGACUGAUUUAUAAUUUCAUCCACAUUCUCGAAGCAUUUCCUUCUUAGGAGAAGCAACACCCUCGCAAAGGAUGUGGCCCAAAAGCUGAGGUUUUGGAUUUUUUUCCAUUAAACUACAAUGUUUUGCCAAUGGCUCUAAUGUUUAAAGUCAUCUCUUGAUUUUACAAUUUUUUUUCAGACUGGAAGUAGUAACAUUUUGGAGUUGCCCAGCCAGAAUCCCAACUUGAAUCUAAUGGAGUGAGCUAAGCAUUAGGGUGAUUGCAAAGAGAACCUUCCAACCUCAAAGCAGUUGCACAUCACCAAAGAUAAACCAUGAAGAUGCCAGUGGAAACAUGCAAAAAGCUGCUGAGCAAUUAUAAAAAGACUUUAUUUGCUUUAUUGCCUAUAUAGAAAUGUUUUCCCUUGCUAAUCUAAAAGGGCCUUAAUAAUUUUUUAUACAUUUUGGAGUAAAAUGUAAAUAAAUUUAGAUAGUUGUUUCCCAAAGAUGAUACUCAAUUUACUUUGUUUCUGCCAGGGUCAGGGAUAAUUUUGUACAGUGAGAUCCUUUUAUAGAUUAGCUAAAGGAUCCAAAUGUUAAAUUCAACAUAAUUGAUUGUGGAAGUGAAUUCAAUAACACUGAAUCCUGAAAUUGAAGAGUCCAAGAAAGCAUUUGUCUAAAGCUGAACACACUUAUGACACCAGGAUUUUUUUUAGGUUUUUUUAUUUCCAAACAGAUUAGUUUAUUUUUCUGUUCAGUAGAGCAGGGACAUGUGGCAUUAUACGCAGGAACUGUUUUGAAAAGAGACAUUUUUUAACGUAAUUAAAACCAGACUUUUCUAAAUUGUCAUUAUAUAUCCACUGAGCGAUUUGGCUGCAGUAUGUUAGCUAUUCGUUAUUAAUUAGUGGCUCUAAUUGUUGGAAUUACAUAACAGAAGUCAGCUUUGAUUGCAAUAAAACAGUUUUGUCUGAGUAAGCGAUAAGUAACUAACUGGUUAACUAAGUUUAACAUUGAAAGUACCAUUGAAGUUUGGUUCUGUCCCUCCUUCGAAAUAGUGACGGGUUAGUGCUCAAAGGUUACAAGCAAGCAAAUGCAUCUCCUUACCCAUUUCUCCCUCUUCUGCUUUAUUAUUUUCAUAAUUUUUUUCCUCCAGCCAGUUCUGCCCUAUGAAUACGUCUUACAUUUUGAACUAAGGGUGCACUUUAUAUAUUUUAUCUACUUUGGUUGUUGCGCUUGGUGAAUUUGGAGAGCGUGGGUCUGCGUCCGAUGCGGCCAGACUGUCAUAGAUUCCAUUACUGUAUAAUUUUUCAGCUUGGUGGUGAGUGACGGUAUGAGGAGAGAACGACGUUUUUAAAACUGGCGAGGAUGUAUAGACUUUCUAGCACAAGCUGUAUAUAGUGGUUUAGAUACUGCGCUCGGUCCGGCUCGGAUUUGUGGGUUCGUUUUGUUUUUUAAAGGCCAAAUCAUGUCUCACCUUGUUCCAAACAAACAAACAAAAAGUCUAUGUUAGAACAGCUUCUUAAAUGCACAAAUGUUGGAAAUAAUAUAAAUCUGCUGAAAGAGAAUAGAAUUAUAGAAUAAUAAUAAUAAAGCUUGGUAUUUUCUCCAGAAACUCCAUAUUUGGAGUCAUCGUAAUGUGGAAUAACAAAAAUAGUCAAGUUCUUGUUAUAUUUGACAAAAGUUAUAGGCUUUUUGUCUGUAGCUUUUUACUUUGUGAUGUCAGAUAAAGAUGAUCAACAGAGAGAUUUCCUCCUCGUCUCCUGUUUUAACAGCUACCAGAGAAAUGAAGGUCAAACUGUAUCAUACCUAACUUAAACAGGACUUGUUCAGCUGUGGGAGUCCAAGGGCGUUCGAGUUCGAGCUGUACGUGUAUAUUGGUUUGCUGUAAAUAGUCCGAUGCAUGUUCUAUUCUUUCCAUGAAGCUCCAGCAGAAACAUGUAUAGCAGUGUGUGAUACGGUGUCGGGAUUAAGAUAAGGAGACUACUGCUGUCCCCGAACUGUCAUCAUUCUCCUUCAGC